GGGUUCUAGUUAUCAGUUAAACAGAGUCAAUCGACGUGGUUAAUUCGUUAACAACCAACACAAAACUCUUUACUUCCAAGUUCCCUUUUUAUUUAAAUAUUAAAAUGGCUUUCUUCAAAUCCUUUGUUUGCUUGGCUAUCAUGGGCGCUGCAUCAGCUGGUAUCUUGCACGGUGGUGCUGGAUUAGGACAUGGAUUAGGACAUGGUGGUGCAGUUUAUGCUAGUGCACCAGUUGCUUAUGCUCAUGCACCCGUUGCAUAUGCUGGACAUGAUCAUGAUAAUGUGGAUUAUUAUUCACACCCAAAAUACUCAUACAACUAUGGAGUAUCUGAUGCCCACACUGGAGAUGUUAAGUCCCAGCACGAAGUUCGUGAUGGUGAUGUAGUGAAGGGAUCAUACUCCUUGGUUGAACCCGAUGGUUCAGUGCGCACCGUUGACUACACUGCCGAUGAUCACAAUGGCUUCAACGCAGUCGUCACCAAGAGUGGACCAAGUGUGCAUGCUGCCCCAGCUCCAGUUAUCGCUCAUGCCGCUCCAGUCUACCAUGCUGCCGCUCCCAUUGUUGCUGCUCCAGCUCAUUACGGAUCAGUCGCUCACCAUGUUCCAAAUGCUUACGGACACUCUGCCUAUGGUGGUCAUGGUGCUGUUGCCCAUUACUAAAAUUAUUUAGUUAAAAAGGGAAAGCAGCUAUGACUCGUGGAUGGAUGAAAGGACCAGAAUCAAAGGAAACAACCCGACUCUUCAUAAAGACUCUCUCUUAUACUCAAUCUCUUAGUCAAUGCUCUUUGUCUUCUCUCAUUAUAAUCAAUUUUUUUUAUAAUGUGUAAGCUUUAAUGUCGAUAUACUCUCUGAACUGUAUACUCUUGUAAAUAGCUUUAGAUCUCUUAUAUACCCUGAGAAUUCCCAAAUAUUUCAUUAUA